UUAUUAUGUCUGCUGGAGAGCCGGAAGUGCGGGUUUCUCCAGUGUGCAACCAAAGCAGUCGCAGAUUUGAGUACAAACGCAGAUGAAGUUUUUGACAAAUAAACUCAACGGGACGAACCAAAAGCAGCAGGAUUUGCAGGAAGCAUCACAGAAGAAAAAAAGACAUCUGUGGCAAGUCUUUGUCUUGUGAUGCCGGUGAAAAAGAAAAGAAAGUCGUCCGGAUCCGAGGACCCCGGCAUCAGAAAGUGCAGAAUCACCAGUUACUGUAGGACGCAGACUCCAGGACGGCUGCUUCACUCUGAUGAACAGUUCUCCAGCAAGAAGUGCCUCGCCUGGUUUUAUGAGUAUGCAGGUUCGGAUGACGUCGUCGGACCGGAGAGCAUGGAGAAGUUCUGCGAGGACAUCGGCGUGGAGCCAGAAAAUAUCGUAAUGUUAGUCUUAGCCUGGAAGCUUGAAGCGGCCAACAUGGGAUUUUUCACAAAAGAGGAGUGGCUGAAAGGAAUGACGUCACUACACUGUGACUGCACAGAGAGAUUACAGGGCAAGCUGGAUUACAUGCGCUCGCAGCUGAACGACCAGAUUAUAUUCAAGAACAUUUACAGAUACGCCUUCGACUUCGCCAGGGAUAAAGAUCAGCGCAGUCUUGAUAUGGACACGGCAAAAUCCAUGUUGGCACUUCUCCUCGGACGGACGUGGCCUCUGUUCCCAGUUUUCCACCAGUUUCUGGAGCAGUCAAAGUAUAAAGUCAUGAAUAAAGACCAGUGGUACAACGUCCUAGAGUUCAGCCGCACGGUUAACACAGACCUGAGCAACUAUGAUGAAGACGGAGCCUGGCCAGUGAUGCUGGAUGAGUUUGUGGAGUGGAAUAAAGCCAGAGUCGCAUUAUAGCGCACGCAGACACAUCAGAGUUUUUGUUGUGUUCCGGUGCCCCUCAGACGAAGGCACACGUCUCGAGGACUGCUUCAGCAUGUCCCACAUCACUACCCAGAGACUCUUACCGUGUUACUUUAAAAGGAAAGGACACAGAGCAGUCACAAGACAAAAGGGGGAAUAUUUUUCUUAUGUGUUGAAUCUGUUGCCGGUGUUGUAUGAAUUUUCAGUCUGUUUGUAAUUUCCUCUCUUUCUUUUUCUCUCGGAGUUAUACUUUGUUUAUAGUGUUUUGAGAAGGAGAUAAAUAAAGCCGUUGUAAAUUAA